AUGGAGCGAUUACGCGAAGCGAAGGAGGCGUUGGAGAGGGGUCCUUCCUCGGCCGGCACUGCCGGAGUCGGCUGGGCGGAGCUGCCUCCUGACGUCGUUGAGCUGGUGUGCUUUCACCUCGUGUACAAAAAGCAGGUGGAUGUGGACUCUUUGUUCACAACUGUAGACGAUGUGGGUGCAAGCGAAGUAGGGAGAGGGGAAAGCAAAGACGGAGGAGGUGGUCAAGGAGACGGAGGAGGAGGAGGAGGAGCGCAACAACAACAACAACAGCAGCAGCAGCAGCAGCAGCAACAACGACGACAACAAGGGGAGCCGCAGCAACGGGGACAAAACCAGCAGCAAAGGAAGGAAGAGAGGACACGGCUCCGCAACAUUGUGUGCGAUGCUCUCAUGACCACGCCGCAGGAUGUUCGAAUCGCAGCCGCUUCCCUAGAGCCAAACACACAAGAUGACAAACAAGGGGCUCACCAGUCACCCCAGAUGGCCUGCCCACCGUGCAUGACGUUUCUUCAGCACUGCUGCACGCUUCGCCAUGCCCUGCGUGUUGGAGAUCACUCGCUGCUCAAACAGCUCCUGCAGUUUCCCGAACCAGAGACCAUCUUUGUUCUCGCCUUCCUCGUCAAAAAUGCACUGCUGGCACCGCAGUUUCUUCGAUGGCUGCUCGACAGCCAGCAUGCAUCGGGCCUUCAUCUCCUGUUCGCUCUUGUUCUCAACGAAGCCCUCCCGCUCGCCAGCCUGAUCCAUCUGGUGUGCGACACCCUCCGCGUGACUCAGGGCAUGAAGGAGGAGCAAGCCACGCAUGUGCUCACGCAACUGCAGCGCCUCUUCCCAGAGAGCAGCGUCAUGGCCCAGCACGUGCUGCUCCAGAACCGGCUGCUGGCCCCGCUCCUCCUCUCCUUCAUCACAGACGCCCUCCAGCCAGGAUCAGACGCACUUAUCAAGUUGCAUCACGUGCGCCCCCACUUUACAGGAUUUGCGUCGUGGCUUCGAAGCAGCGCCGAAUCACCGCCGGUGCUUGCACUUCAGUCGCGCAUUCGCGAACUAAUGGCUGAUCCGGCCAUCUUGGCGUCGACCGAAAACAAAAUUCUGUUUCUGCGAUCCCUGGCCAUCGUGUAUAACUCGACGUGUCUGACCAUGCCAAGGGAGGAUGUGCUGCCGUUCCUGACACUCGUGCACCACAUGCUCUCCUCCGCACCCGCGGCCCCAACUUCCAACCAAUCCGCAUCAACACGAGGGUCAGCAACAGCAGCAGCAGUAGCAACAGAGACAGUAGCUGUGACACCAAAGCCAUCAUCCUCGUCGUCGUCAGCAACAUCAGCGUCUCAGCCCCAGUCCAAAGUGCCGUCGAGGACCCCAUCAGCACCAUCCCGCCUCACGCAGCAACCAGCAUCAUCAGCAACAACAGUACCACCGUCAUCGUCAGCACUGUCGUGGCGGCCACCACCGCGUGCGCUGGUUGAGUGCUGUGUGGGCGCGCUGCUGCUGUGUGGCCCCGUCUCCCACCUCGACGCCACCGCCAUCCACGACAAGUUCAUGCAGUGCAUCGCCCUCGCCAUCCCAGACCCGCGCCACACACGGCACCGUGGUGGUGGUGGUGGUGGUGGUGGUCAGCGUACACGCGCGCCUGAUGCCGCAACCGCUUCAUCAGUGCCUGCGGACAAGCACAAGCCACCACCAUCAUCGUCGUCAUCAUCACGAUGGACGGGCGGUGUUGAGGAGCGCGGUCGCGUGUGUGAGCGGGUUGUGCUGCUGUUGAUUUUCCUGUCGGAGGGCAGCAUCGCCCGUGUGCACGAGCUUGUUCGCGCUAUGCUCGACCUCGACACAGAUGCACAGGUGCCCGGCGAUGUUCUGCUCCGUGCACGGGAUGCCGUUGUCGACCGGUUUAUGUCGCGAUCCGACCACCUCGCCCGCCUGUCACUGCUGCUCCCCCCGACACCGCGCAUUGCAGCGGGUCCGCACACCGCGCCCGUCCACGCCAUCCACGCUCUCGUCAUGAAGCGCGUGUAUGUGCGGUGCGGCCUUGAUCCGACGCCCUGGCUGCUGCGCCAACUCGCCGUUCUCUCGCCCUCGGAACCAAUCGACCCAACACUGGCCCACCUCGUCAAGGCGUGCGCGGCGAUGUGCGUUGAGCCGCUCGGGUGCACAUACGCGGGCUUCAAGCAGCGGCCGGGCCAGCACGAGCGGUUUGUCGACUGCAAGGGGUUCAAGCCAGCCGCCGUCGAGCAACUGGACACGGUACCACAGGAGGGCCUUGCUGCGUGGUCGCUCAAAGCGCUGUAUGUGCUUGUGUUUGCCUUCUGCCGCCACCGCCGCCUGACUGCAGAGGUGCUUGAGUUUCCGUUCAAGGGCGCGCCGACAGCACCGCCCCCGCCCUACCCGUCACCGCUCAUCGACUCCCUCAAUCUCUCCGCUCUCAUGCGCAUCGUUAGGAACAACCCGGCGGCUGCUGCCCCCGUGUACGGCACCCUCGUUCGCCUCGUGUGCUGGGUCCGCCCAACGCUCGCCCUCUCCCGCACAUCCGUUGCACACACGCACACGCGCACACACGCACACGCUCGUGGCCACCCCAUCACUACUGAUCAUCACCAACCAGCGAGCGAAGAUGAAGGAGCGCAUCCACAGCAGCAACACCACCAACACCAAAGGCAACAGCCAAGUGGCGGUGGUGGCGGUGGCGGUGACACGGCGAUGGACACGAUGGAUGACGAAGAAGAGCAGCAGCACAACCACGGUGAUGGCGUGACGGCUGCAGCGAUGACAAUAGCGACUGCUGGGCACGGGAAUGCGUCGUCUGAACGCAACAAGCGCACGCUGCAGGCGCUGUCGAGUCUGGCUGUGGACGAGGUGACGCCCGCACACGUCCGGGAGUUUAAGGAUGCUGUUGCAGACACGGCGUGCGUGUGUGAUCACUCGUACGCGUGUGCGGUUCGAGACGCGUUUUUCGUCCUGGACGCAGCGCUCCCUGAACACAACUACGGGUCCUCAAAGCAGCCACGGCCACAACAACAACAACAACAACAACAACAACAACAACAACAACAACAACAACAACAACAACAACAACAACAACAACAACAACAACAGCAGCAGCAGCCAUCGUCAGCACCAGCGUUCCCAUCACCAUCGCCGCCAUCGCCGCCACCACGUCACGUGGACCCGGCCGUGCUUGCAAGCAAACCGUGCCUGGAGGUCGUGCUGAGCAUCCUGGAUAGCUGCUUGACGGCGGCGUGGACGCGCGUGCACGUGCGGGAGAAACAAGCGCUGAUUGAAGCGCUUGAGCAGAGCAGCCGGCGGCGACGCGAGAAGGUGGCGCAGUGGCAGCAGCAGCAGCAGCAGCAGCAGCAGCAGGUGAACCCUGGUGUGUUGGAGCAGCGGGGUCGCGAGUUUGAAGGGAAACUGAAGCAAACGGCAAAGCGACAGCUGCAGAAACUGCGUGAUGAUCUGCUGUUGGCGCAGGAGGCGGGUGUCAUUCACGUGCUGCUUGAUGCUGCGAGCGCCGUCACGGGCAUGGACGAGACAGCCGUGUGCACCACUGUCCACCAGCGCAUUCUCGCCCACCCAGACGUGCUGCUUCUGCUCUCGGGCCAAGCGGUGUCUGACGAAGGACUGCUGCUGCUGGCGGAGCGUGUGCCCUCCAUUCACUUUGCCGUGCGCUAUCUCCACCGCCACAUUACGGAUGGCGAUGCAAGCGCGCAGGUGAAUGCGUUGCGCAUGUGCGCUGCACUGUGCGGGCGUGUGCAGACGGGCGAGUUUGGCGAGUGCUGUCGGGCUGCGCUGGAGAUGAUACCGGAGAUGGUGGGCAGCGUUGCUGUUGGUCCCACCGCCACCGCACACGCCAAGACCACGGCCGUUCUCGCGUCCAUCCUUCCCUGUAUUGCAAAGUUUGGAGCCGCGUUCCCCAUUCUGAUUCCAGUCUGCCUUCGCACCUUCCACACGGUUGCGCGCGGUGUCGCCAUGCUGGACAGCGGAGAUGGAUCCUUGCAGCAGCAGCGGCUACACAGCAGGUGA